AUGUUGCGUGCAAUAAACCUUCUACAAAGUUUGUUGAUGUUGAAUCUUCUCCUUUAUUUCACAAUUUACAUUGAAUCCACACCUCAAAGAGAUUUAGUGAUAAAUACAUACGCAACGCCGUUAUACCCUGCCCUUGGAGAACCAACCUUGUUGAACAAGAUACCUACGCCAUUUACAAAAAGACACAGAUGGCUUAAGACCAGGAUUCAGUACUACAGUAACACUUCUGCGUCAUACAACAUUACUACCACCGCCAUACUAGUUUGUGGAGAUGUGCAUCCUAACCCAGGACCGACGCCGAUUAAGCAAAGUGGGACAAAACUGAAUUGUUUACGGACCUUGUAUUUAAACGCACGAAGUCUAAAGGCAGUCGUAGAAUCUCCCGACGAUGGCGGUAAGAGAAUCCCUAAGCUGAACAUAUUUCAAAACCUUGUUUACCUGGAACAGUAUGAUAUUAUCUGUGUUUGUGAGACGUGGCUAAAUGACCUAAUACUCGAUAACGAAAUCCUACCUGGUUACACCAUCCACAGAAAAGAUUGUCACGAUAACGCGAGAGGUGGUGGGGUUCUUAUCGCUGUAAGGAACGAAAUUCGAUCAUCUAGAAGAACUUCAUUUGAAGGAGCUCAAAGUGAAUUAAUAAUGAUUGAACUUUAUCCCGCCAAUUGUUCAAAAUUCAUUCUAGGAGUUUUCUAUAGACCACCAAACUCUGAUGAAGAUAUAUUAACGGAAUUGAGAGCUUCUCUUGAUCGUUUAGAUGAGUCAUGUCAGCUUGUUCUGGUCGGCGAUUUCAAUCUACCUAACAUUGAUUGGUCAUUGGAUUUCCCUUCUCCAAAUUCUGAAGGCGGUCUCAAAGAAGAGCUUUUUUGCGAGAUUAUUACAGACCAGUUCCUGUAUCAAAUGGCCAAUGGUCCGACACAUCUGCGUGGGAAUAAACUGGACUGUGUUUUCUGCAAUAUUCCGGAGCUCAUCACUAACGUCAACUGUAUAAAUCCAACUAAUCUAUUUCCAUCUGAUCAUUACCUUAUCGAAUUCGACAUCAAACUUUGUUUUCAAAGAGCAAAAGCGGUAAGACGAACAAUAUACGACUUUUAAAACGCAAAUUUCAAUGCUGUCAGACAACAUCUCCUGUCCGUCCCUCUCUACUCCGCCAUAGUUCAUCUUUCGGAUGUAGAUGAAUGCUGGGAAGUUUGGAAAGACCUGUUUCUUAAGACCAUAGAUCAAUUCGUGCCUAAAAAGACAGUUCUAAACAUCAAUACACCACCAUGGAUAGAUCGUGAAGUAAAGCAUUUAAUAAAUAAGAAAUAUACAGCCCUCCGGAAAUAUCGGCAGAAAAGAACAGAAGUUAGAAAACGCAAAUUACGACAAUUGACACAAGAAACCAAAGAUUUGAUUAAAGCUAAGCGACAGCAGUAUCUGGAAAGAGUUCAAGAUUCGCUCACACGUUCACCAAAGUUAUUCUGGUCCUACCAUAAACAUAUUCUCCGCAGUAGGAAUGCUCCAUCAUCCAACACCUAUAACAACGUAACCGCAUCAACGCCGAACAAAAAGGCUGAACUUUUUAACGAAUACUUCGCCUCUGUUUUCCUUCCAAAGUCCACAAUAAAGAACAUUAACCAGGACUGUAUGAAUCCAAAAACGUGUGAGAAAAUAUCUAGUAUUGAAAUUUCGGAAUGCGAAGUAGAACGUUACCUUAACAACUUGGACACAUCAAAAGCUUAUGGUCCUGACGGAAUACCACCACGUCUACUUAAAGAAUGCUCUAAGGAGAUAUCAUCAAGCCUCUGCAGUUUGUUCAACAAAUCAAUAGAAACAGGUCGCGUUCCAAGAGAGUGGAAGAAAGCAAAUGUGAUACCAAUUCACAAGAAGGACUGUGUCGAACCGGUGACAAACUAUCGACCUAUUUCUCUGCUGCCAAUUGUUUCCAAAGUUCUCGAGAGAUGCGUCUUUAACAACAUCUAUCCAUUCAUUCGUGUACUAAUCAAUAACGUUCAACACGGAAUCGUUCAUGUGUGACACAGCUUCUGAGUGUAUUACACGACAUAUGGAAAAGUCUGGAUAACAAUAAACAGGUGGAUGUUUUAUACCUCGAUUUCUCGAAAGCGUUUGACUCGGUAGAUCACGAUAUUCUGCUACAAAAGCUACAAAUACAUGGUAUAAAUGGUUCUCUUCUACGUUGGUUCGAAAGUUAUUUGAACGACAGACAGCAGAGAGUUGUUAUCGAGGGCGCAGCAUCUUCAUGGUCUCCUGUUACAUCUGGUGUACCACAAGGUAGCAUUCUGGGACCAUUACUUUUCGCAAUACUUAUAAAUGAUCUUCCCGACAAUGUAUCAUCGAGUACAAACACCGCAUUGUAUGCAGAUGACGCAAAAUUAUACA